AUGGAUUUCCUUAUUUGUAAAUCUUGCUAACUCACCUACAAUAUUUCCAACAGAAAGCCAAUAAUCCAAUUAUGCGAUGCUUAGAAUCACUAAUCUAGAGAUCAUUCCCUAGUUAAAAAGUCAAUGUUUGAGAAUUAUCUUUAGCAAGUAAUACCUGAACUUCAAGAUGCAAUACAAAGAAUUCAGGAUAUCUUAGAAAUUCUUUUGAACCUUAGUUCAGGGGAUAAAGUGUUUAAUAGUGAUUAUAUAAUGGAUAAAUGCUCCACUGCUCAUAAUCUUAUAAUAAGAACAAUUGAAAAAGAGAGAUUCAAUUUAAGCUUGAUAGAAAAAUGUGAUCUAAACAUGUAUUUGACUAAAAAAUAAAAUUCCAAUUAUAAAUUAGAUGAUUAGAUAUUCUAGUAGAGCAGCAAAAAUCCUUAAGAACAGAAUGAGUAACCUAAGAAUUAGGAAGUGAAACUUAGGAAAAGAGAUACCAAGCAGUAGAUUAAAUAAAAAUAAAAAGAAUUGGCAAUUUAAAAAGAGAUAGCUUAGAUGUAUACAUCCAAUAACAACGCUCAAGAAAUUUAAAAGAUAGAAGAUAGAUUUAGUGAUAAGUAUUAUGAGUUUUCCCAGAUAAAGCCAGUAUAAUGUAGUCUUUAGUCUAAAAUUCAUAAGAAUGAAUCAAAGCUUCUCCAUUUCCAAAAACUUGUUGAGAAAGAAAUUUAGACAGGAGGUUUUCUCUGGAAUAACUGUUUCAAGUAAAAUAGUAAAUACUAGUGUGAAUUAUUAUUCAGAGGAUCAAGAGAUGGAUUCCGAGGUGAAAAUUUGCGUGAAAAAUGCAAAAAUGAGAGUAAGACACUUUCAUUUAUCCUAAGUGAAUAAGGAUUUGUCUUUGGAGGAUUUGUCACAUCUGAUUGGUAGUAAGGAAUUGUAAAAAUUGGUCCUGGUAGCAAUUCCUUUAUUUUCUCCCUAACUCAUAAUUCAAUUCACCCUAGACUUAAAAAGGAUUGGGAAGUAUAUUGGACAGUUGAUUUGAUUUGGAAACAAUUUAAUGAUCUUGUGAUAGUUGACAAUUGCAAUGUGAAUCAAGACAGCAUUGCUGAAUUAGGGGCACACUAUGAUGAUACUUCAAUGAAGUAGGGACUAAAUUUAACAAAUCACUAAUAUUUAGCGGGAAAAGACCGAUUCAAAGUUCUAGAAAUUGAGGUGUUUAAGGUAUUAGACUCUUCUAAAGAUAAUUCUAUGGUUUAGCAGUUUAAAAUCCAAAUUAAAAAGUGA